AGCGUUUCGUGCAGGGAGCAGGCCAGGUGUGUGAGAGACAAAACCAGGAUUUGAACUCCAGUUUGGGUCAGAAGACACCAGAUACUCCAGAGACCAACAAUGAAGAGGAUGAAUCUGAACCUCAGCAGUUAAAAAUGGCGGACAGCAGGGUCUGCCUCAUGAACAGUUUGACUCUUCAAUUGAGUUCUCACCAAGGCCAGAAGAAUUUAGUAUGUCAGGUCUGUGGAAAGACUUUUCUCUACAAAUGUAAACUGAAUUACCACAUGAGAACUCACACGGGUGAAAAGCUGGUCUCUUGUCAGACUUGUGGAAAAACGUUUCUCUGGCAAAGUAAACUGAAAGAACACAUGAGAAGUCACACAGGGGAAAAGCCUUUCUCAUGUCAGACCUGUGGGAAAGCUUUUACCGAGAAAAGCAAAUUGAGGCAGCACAUGAGAACUCACACUGGUGAGGGGUUCUCAUGUGAGACCUGUGGAAAAACCUUCAUGUGGCAUAGUCAGCUGCUAGGCCACGUCAGAACGCACACAGGAGAAAAGCCUUUCUCAUGCGAGUUCUGUGGAAGAGCUUUCACUGUGGAAAGUAAAUGGAAAUACCACAUGAAAGCUCACACAGGUGAGACUUUCUCUUGUGUGACCUGUGGAAAAACUUUCACCUUGCAAUGUGCUUUGAAGGACCACAUGAAAACGCACACAGGUGAGAAGCCUUUUUCAUGUGAGACGUGUGGGAAAGCUUAUAUCAGGCAGAGCACUUUGAGGGACCACAUAAGAACUCACACUGGGGAGAAACCUUUUUUGUGUCAGACUUGUGGAAAAGCUUUCAACCGGCAAAGUAGCUUGAGUCUGCACAUAAACUUGCACACAGGUGAGAAGCCUUUCUCAUGUCAGAUCUGUGAAAGAAAAUUCAGUUUGAAAAGUCAAUUGAUUCUUCACAUGAGAAUUCACUCUGGUGAGAAACCUUAUUCAUGCCAGAUAUGUGGAAAAAAAUUUAGUGUUAAAGCUCGGUUGACAGUUCACAUGAGAAUUCACACAGGUGAGAAACCUUUCUCAUGCCAGAUGUGUGGAAAGACUUUUACCCACCAGAAUUCUUUGAAUUUUCACAUGACUUCUCACACAGGCGAAAAGCCUUACUCAUGUCAGACGUGCGGAAAGGUUUUCAACAUGCAAAAUGGUUUGACUCGUCACCUGAGAAUUCACACGGGCGAAAAGCAUAUUUCAUGUCAAACCUGUGAAAAAGCCUUCAACCAACAAAGUCAUCUGACGUAUCAUAUGAGGUCUCACACCGGUGAGAAACCAUUCUCAUGUCAAACCUGUUCAAAAAAGUUCAGCAGAAAAGAUCUGUUGAAUGUUCACAUGAGAACUCACACAGGCAAGAAACGUUAAACGUCUGUCUUGUUCCUUUCUCAGACAUCGGCCCAUUUGAGAAUAAGCAAACAUGCAGUAGAUCUACUUUUAGGUAGAUGGUGACUGGGAUGAACUUUUCCUUCACAAUAUGAUUGGAGUUACUGUGGUAAUAGAUGUUGCUAAUAUCAUUUAGUGAUAUCAUUUUGUAAGCACUCUUGUUUGGUACAUUGAACCAUUCCUCCUGCUGGGUUGUCAAAAGAAUCAGUUGUAUGACACAAAGGCAGCUGUUUCCAUCCAUCCCUCCCCAAUAAGCUGCUGGGGAGGGAGGAGCAGCUUUCCCAACAGGGAAACAACGUCCAGAAGAAAAGUCAUUAAAGCUCCUUUAUUUGCAAUUAGUUGAUGGUCCCUGAUUGAUAUGGUGAGUCAGUCACAUUUGAUUUUGUGAUAUUUGCCAUCAAAAAUCGUUAAUUUCCUUGUAAAUAUUUCUAAUGUACCACCAUAAAAAUGAUAAAAUCCUGAAGAGUCUGUACUUAAUAAAUUCAGACAGAAAUGAAACAGGGCUGCAUGUUUACACCAAAAAUACGUUUUGAAUGCUCAUGAUUCAUGUUUGUUUUGAAAAUUAAUUUGUUUAGUGAAGAAUGAGUCUUUAUUCAUCCCCCAGUGGUAAAAAUGUAUUUAUAUCAACAAUAAAUGUAAAAAGAAAAAGUCAAUAUAUGCUAUUAUAAAAUAAAAUAAUUGCAUAACUGAAUCAAAGGUAAACACUUUCAUAAAGAUGAUUAACUUUCAUACUUGCUACUUUACCAGAGGGGAGAUUUUUAAAUCAGAUAUUUUUAUAAAUAAG